UAACACUCUGUAUAUCAUUAAAAAAACAAAUAUUUUCAGGCAGGUUUUUUGUCAGAUGUGUCAGAUUUUGGCACCUGACAUCAAAUCCCAGAAAUGGACGAUUCAAACUUACUUUGCAUAAGAUUUGCUUUUGGGGUCCCCCUUGAAGACAUAUUCCCCCCAAACGGCAUUCACCCCAGACUAAAAAACCUGUUCAACGAAACAAAAAUUGCCCUAAAUAACAAUCCUUUCCCUCUAUCGCGCAUUAUCAAAAUUCGAGAAAAACCGCUCAACACCGGAUUGAAUUUGAAAGAAACGCUACUUUCCGGUCAACUGCGCUACAAGAAGGACAUUCAACCGUUGACAUUUCUUUGGCUAAUUCGUCACUUCUUGGGCGUUUUGCCCCUGCCUUUGUUUACGAAAUAUUCAAAUGGGCGGAAAUACAACUGGGAUUUUUUGGCCAGUCAGUGCCAAAAACACAGGACGUGUUAUCAGCUAGAUUUAGAAAUUUCCUGGGCAAUUCAUCGACUCCCCAAAGCCCACGUUGUGUUAAUUUACACAUUGAUUAAUUUUUUUCGAAACAUUUCGCUCAAACGAUACAGUGAUAAGCUUGAUAAAACAAGUGUUACAGCUCUUGUUGUUUACUUUAGCUCGUCUCUAUUUGUUCGGCCUUACAGACCCGGAUUCGUUAUCAAAGCCGACAGGAUUUACUUUCAUUUGUUGUUUUAUUUAAUCGUGAAUUGGCAAAGAAUUAAAAGGGAGAAGUGUGAACUUUUGGCUACAUUAGACAGCAAAUUACCAUCAAUUUUUGAAAGUGACGAAUCUGAUGUUUUGGAAAUUGCAUUUGCUGAUUUUUGUUGCCAAACUCGUGAAGUUUCAAGUGUGGACCGAGUAAUUCAAGUACCAGAAGAAGAAAAUAAUGAUGAAGAAGAAAAAAGCACGAUUUAUAGCACGAAAGAAUCACAGAAAUCGGAACAGCCAGUCGAAGAAGUGAACGAAAAUUGUGACUACGAAGAAAUUUCGUAUAAAAACAGUGAUGCGAAAAUUUGUAACAAAAAAACUCACCUGACUCCGAAAAUCCUGCUCAGGGAAAAGUUAUUCAAAGCUAACAGAUCCCUGGUUAGCGUGAUCGGGAAGCUAAAAUCGAAACAAGACUUAAUUAUCAAAUCAAAAAGUGGCUCGAAAUUAAACUAUAAAUACAAUUUAUUAAAAGAUCCCAACGUUACAAAAGUCCGUUCUCUCCACGUGAACAACUGCGUGAAAGAGUCACCUAACAUUAAAUAUAAAAAACUGUUAACUCUGUGAUAGAAUAAAUUUUAGUUCGUCCUGUCUUUCAA